AUGUUGAACAGAGAACAAAUUGUGGAUCUAUCGAGGAAAACUAAAAGGAACAUACAAAUUAAGAGAACAUUUCCAGAGGAUGCUGACACAUUGAUGCCACUGGGUUUACGAGAGACAUCAUUAUUAACUAUGGAUUCCGCUGUGACUUUUGCUGACAUUCUUAAAGUGAGUAACAUAGUCAAACAGAUAGCCUUCAGUUUGAACACAUCCGAUUAUUUAUCAUUCCAAUGUCUCAACAGAAACUUGUACCAUAUACAGUUGAAUGGAGUUACCGAUAAAGAUUAUUGGUUAGAUAAAAUUAAGGGCAUAGGCCUGAUAGCGGAGGUUGGCUACCUGUUCGACGAAUCUACUUCACUAAAUGCAUGCAAUAUAUUUGAUAUACAUAAAAAAUUCGACCCUAAGAGACCGAAAAAUGCGUAUAUGCUGUUUUAUAAAUUCUUCCAAGGUUUUACCGACAAACUAUAUUACAAUGACGUUACAGCAUUUUUCCCUGAUGAAUACAGUGAUCCAGUAUCACAAGCAAAGAUAAUAGAGAGUCUCCAAAAGUACAUCAAAUCAAAUGAUAAUGACUGGUCAUAUUAUAAAAAGGUUGAGGAAAACCUCAACACAUUCAAGGAGUUAUUCACCACCAGCAUAAUAAGAGAAUUGGAUAUUAGGUUUGAUAAAAAGGAAUAUUUUACUUGCUCAAAAUUCGUUGAAGUUCUCCUAUCAUUAGGCCAUGAAAUGAGUGCUGUUGACUUCUUUAAAUCUAAAAAUGAGUUUUCAGAUUCGGUCGAGCUGCCGCAAACGAUAUUCGACGAGGAAGACAAUCUACGUUAUGACCAAUUGGAACUUGCUUUAAAUACAUUUCGAGAUUUCCUCAACGACAAAAUUACCAUCACUGAUGAAUUGUUCCAGGAUAAAUAUCCUGUUAUGGUGCUAUACACUGAAAACUUUGUCCAGGAUCAUCUAAUACCAUAUUUCAAUAAACAAAUUUCUUCAAAUGAUGACCUGGAUCCGAAUAAUAUCAGAAUAAUGGCUCUUCCGACCAUAUGUGACCAUAUGUCAGUAUAUUUAGUGGAUAAACUCACUACAAGUAUUAAUGCAGGCGAAUCUUAUAAGCGAUUUGUAGCUGAAUUCAUUCAGUUAUACUUGGAGCCAGAAAUCCAGAACUUUUUCGAUACAAUGGUCUCUGAUUUUACAACCAAAACAGAAAAAGCAUUCAAAGAUUAUCAAGAACAAACUCAGCUUAAACAGAGGGAAAAAGACGAAGAGUUGUUUCAGUCUUUAAAGGAUAGGACUCUAACCAAUGAGGAGUUAUUGGACGGUAAAACAAAUUUCCUUAAAUCUUUUACUAAAAUAUUCAAAAUCAAUAACAACGCUUCGAAAUCGCAGGCUGAUCAAGACUUAGAGAUGUCUUACACGUUGCAAAAGAUAAAUAAUAAGUUACAGAACAUCACUUCCUUAAUCAGCCUUGAUUUAUGUUACAAGGUCAUUCAAUCUUGCCGGGAACAUAUGGAAAAGAUUUAUUAUUUCAAAACCAUCAAAGUUUUCGAAUCUGUAGUCAAAGCCGAAUGCCAAGAAAUUUAUAAGACUUUGAUCUGGCAAUUAAGUGAAAACCAUAUUAAAUUGGGGUUCGAGACGGCUUUGCAACUUUUACAGGAUUACGAUGCCAAUGAAACAAAAUUGGCAAAACUCAGCAUCAAUGGCACCUCAGAUGAUGACAAUAAAGUCGAACCUUUGGUUCAGUUCACGGAAUUAAUUAACAUCGGCGACAUAAUAUUGCAAAUGAUAUCUAUUUUCUACAACAAUGAACUUAUUGCGAAAGGAAUUAUUAAUAAAAACAAAGAUAUAUUUAAUGAUGUGGUUCAUACUAAAAAAGUCUUCGAAACUAUGCUUGAUGAUUAUGUUGCUAAUGGGCUAAACAUUGGUAUCGAUAAACUUAUGGACCAAGUCGAGUUUCUUUUCAACACAAUGCAGUUCCCAGACGAUUUCAAUCCAGAUCCUAAGGACAUUUUAAGAAGAGAAAUCCUCCCCUCGAAAUGUGCUGUUGCUUGUGUUGAACUUCUUUCAGAACAUUGCUUUUUAUUGACUGGUGCGACAGAUAAAGGAACCAUUGAUGUUUUCCAACAAGAAGUUGGAGAAAGGUUUUUUGAUGAAGCCGUAAAGAAUAUUAAAAAACAUCUAAUUUCUGAAGAUGGGGCCAUAUUUUUAAUAGCAGAUCUCAACUAUUAUCAUGAUUUCAUAUCAAAGAAAUUAAAACAAAAAAAUAUUGUUCCAUACUUUGCUGGUCUGAAAUCCGUCGGACAGCUUUAUCUUAUUUCUGGCAAAGAUUCUAAAGAGCUUGGCAAAUUAAUUUGCGACGUGGGGAAAUUCCAAGGUGUAUUCACACAGGAGGAAAUUUACGAAUUGGUGCAAAGAAGAACGGACUGGUUGAAAGUUCGUAAGGAUGUAGAGAAGGUUAUGUAUGGACUAGGUGUUUCAGAUUGUGUUAUCUGUUGA